UUGGCUUCAUCACAUUCUUGUUUCAAUUUCCCUUUUUCACUGCAUCAACUUUUUGUGCCUUUUUCUUUUUUCACCGAUAGAGCUGGCAUUCUAAGAGCUGAAAUAUUGAACUCGUUGAUGGCCAUGGUGGUUUAGAAAUACAGACCGCAGAUUGGCGUCAGAGCUUUGUAGUAUCCGACACGGAAAGGUUGGUUUCUGAUUUGUUUAUUUCUUUCUUCCUUUUUAUGGGAAGUUUUCGGUGGGGGUAGAUGAGCAAACUCGGACGGAGAAAACAAUGUUUACUUUGAAUAUUUGGACCAGUUGGCAUGUUUCAUGAAAGCAAGAAAGUAACAAACGGUUGCAUGCAUUGAAUGAACUCCUUUUGUUCAUUUCUCCAUUUUCCUACUGAAUUUUGGGUAGAAGAAGGAACUGGAUCGGUGGGUCUGAAAAUCUGACUUUAAAGAUCUCAUUCUCUGGAGGAAAAAGCCAAACCCAAACAAAAAUCAAAGAGGUUGAAGCAGAAUUCAAGGAGAUAUAAUCGAAGAUUUUGGGUCUUCUUUAUUUUAAUCGGUCUGCUGAUUUCUUGGAAAAAGAUGGUUGGAAGUAUUAAGGUCAAGAGUCAGAACUUGCACUCAAACGGGUCUGUUCAGAAUUGUGCUAUCAUGGAGGAGAAGCUUGAUGAACUCCGGCAUCUUCUUGGAAAGGCUGAAGGGGAUAUAUUGAAGAUUGUGGGUGUGGGGGCCGGUGCUUGGGGCAGUGUAUUUGCUGCUUUGCUGCAAGACAACUAUGGUCAAUUCCGAGAAAAGGUUCAAAUCAGGAUAUGGAGAAGGCCGGGAAGAACAGUGGACAAGGCCACGGCAGAGCAUCUGUUUGAAGUCAUCAAUUCCAGAGAGGAUGUGUUGAGGAGGCUGAUCCGGCGCUGCGCAUACUUAAAGUAUGUUGAAGCAAGACUGGGGGAUCGGACCCUUCUUGCAGACGAGAUUUUGAAAGAUGGGUUUUGCUUAAACAUGAUUCACACACCCCUCUGUCCUUUAAAGGUUGUGACUAACUUGCAGGAGGCUGUUUGGGAUGCUGACAUUGUGGUCAAUGGCUUGCCUUCAACUGAAACCCGGGAAGUGUUUGAAGAGAUCAACCAUUAUUGGAAGGAGAGGAUUACAGUUCCCAUCAUUAUUUCUUUGUCAAAGGGUAUAGAGGCUGCUCUAGAACCCCUCCCACAUAUCAUCACUCCCACACAAAUGAUUAACCGAGCAACUGGUGUAGCUAUGGAAAACAUUCUUUACCUUGGAGGACCAAACAUUGCCUCAGAGAUUUACAACAAGGAGUAUGCGAAUGCUCGAAUAUGUGGAGCUGAGAAGUGGAGGAAACCUCUUGCCAAGUUUCUGAGGCUACCCCAUUUCAUUGUAUGGGACAACAGUGACCUUGUCACUCAUGAAGUUAUGGGUGGCUUAAAGAAUGUGUAUGCCAUUGGAGCCGGAAUGGUAGCAGCCCUGACCAAUGAGAGUGCUACCAGCAAAUCUGUAUACUUUGCACAUUGUACAUCAGAGAUGAUCUUCAUUACUCAUUUGUUGGCUGAAGAACCCGAAAAGCUUGCGGGGCCUUUGCUGGCUGACACCUAUGUGACCCUGUUGAAAGGUCGCAAUGCGUGGUAUGGCCAAAUGUUAGCCAAGGGGGAACUGAACCUGGACAUGGGUGAUAGCAUUAGUGGCAAGGGAAUGAUUCAGGGAGUCUCUGCAGUGGGAGCAUUCUAUGAACUACUGAGUCAGUCAAGCUUGAGCGUGUUGCAUCCUGAAGAAAACAAGCCUGUGGCUCCUGUUGAGCUCUGCCCCAUCUUGAAGACACUAUACAGAAUUCUAAUAACAAGGGAACUUGCAUCACAAGGCAUUCUUCAAGCAUUAAGAGAUGAAACCUUGAACGAUCCCAGGGAAAGGAUUGAGAUUGCACAGACUCAUGCUUUCUACAGGCCUUCUCUUCUUGGCCAGCCUUAGACUGGGUUUUGUAAUUUGAAUUGAGCAUCGUUUCCAUUCAUUUCAUGGGAAGUACCUUUUUUUGUUUUGUUUUUUCCUUUGGGGGGGGGCCGGCUUUGUUUUGUUUUCCAAUGCCAUUGAAUGUUCAACAGGCUUUAUUUAUAAAAUAAUAAAAAAAUAUUUAGCUGCUAA